AUGAAGAGCCGGCGGCGAUGGAGGUGGCGAUGGCAGCCCCACCGGCGAUUUGCCCUGGCCUUAGCCGCCUACACGCUGCUGCUCCUGCUGCUCCUGUCUUACACGCUGGAUUAUCGAGCCAGAAGUGGGGGCGCGGGCGAGGAGUGGCAGCUGCCCUUCCGCUGCCCCAGCCUGCAGGAGGCGCUCGGCGACUGGGGCUGGGAAGAGCCGCCACCGCCGCCCCCGCCCCCGGCGGGAGAGGCUGAGGACGGCAACGGGACCGGGAGAGAGCCCAGCCCGGGGAGCCGAGCGGGCGGGAAACGGCACAUCUACUUGCACGCCACUUGGCGCACCGGUUCGUCUUUCCUGGGAGAACUGUUCAAUCAGCAUCCAGAUGUCUUCUACCUGUACGAACCCAUGUGGCACUUGUGGCAAGCGCUCUAUCCCGGCGACGCGCUGAGCCUGCAGGGCGCCCUCCGGGACAUGAUGCGCUCUCUCUUCCGCUGCGACUUCUCGGUCCUGCGCUUCUACGCGACGCCGCCGGCCGGCCGCGACCCACUCAUCCCCUUGCCCGCCUCCUUCGGGGCCAAGUCGGGCGGCGGGAGCGGCAACCUGAGCACGGCGAGCAUUUUCGGCUGGCGGACCAACAAGGUGAUCUGCUCGGCGCCUUUUUGUCCCCACGCGGCCCGGGCCCGCGCCGACGUGGGCCUCGUCGACAGCACCGCCUGCGAGCGGAGCUGCCAUCCGCGUCCGCUGCGGGAGCUGGAAGCCGAGUGCCGAAAGUACCCGGUGAUGGUGAUCAAGGACGUGAGGCUGCUGGAGUUGGGGGCGCUCUUGCCGUUGCUGAGGGACCCGGAGCUCAACCUGCACGUCAUCCAGCUUUUCCGCGACCCCCGCGCCGUCCAUAACUCUCGCCUCAAGGCCAAGCAGGCGCUGCUUCGGGAGAGCAUUCAGGUGCUGCGCAGCAGGUAUCACGCCGAGUUCCGAGGAUUGCCCCGCCGGCAGCUUCCGCCCGCGGCCGCCGCGGCCAUGGCCGGGGUCGGCGGUGGAGCCGUCCGGACGCACCCGCAGCACCGAGCCGAAUUCUUGCUGGGCGGCGCCCUGGAGGUGAUCUGCCAGGCCUGGCUGCGUGACUUGAUCUUCUCCCGCCGGGCCCCCGCCUGGCUGCGCCGCCGGUACACGCAAGUGCGUUACGAGGACCUGGUGCUGGAGCCGCGCGCCCAAUUGAGCCGCUUGCUGCGUUUCGCGGACCUUCCCGCGCUGCCCGCCCUCGAGGCCUUCGUCUUCAACAUGACCCGCGGGGCCGCCUACUCCUCGGAGCGCCCCUUCCUCAUCUCCGCCCGCGAUGCCCGGGAAGCCAUCCAUGCCUGGCGGGAGCGUCUCAGCCGGGAUCAGGUGCGCCAAGUGGAGGCUACCUGCGGGGAGGCCAUGCGGCUCCUCUCCUACCCGGCGAGCAGCGAAAAGGGCGUUCGGCGUGAUUCCGCUAGGGGACGCUCCGGCGCUUCUCAUCCAGGCUAACGGACCGGUUGCUCACUUAUGACAGAAAAUCUUUGGAUGGAGCUCUGCUUUCUAAAGACACUGGAACCAUCAACGAACUG